UAUUUGACACGACACGCCCGCCGAGUAAGACUGCAGUCGAACGUUGCGUAUCGAGAAAAAAGCCGGUAUCCACCUUCUGCGUACAAAAAUCCGAUACAGUGUUGUUUUGUCUCAGAUAUAAAGGCCGACGCGUACUAUACAAGGCUUGUCUGCACCCUAGAGUCAUGGAGAGCGUAUACCGACUACUUAUCGCACUAUCUAUCUACCUGGUGGCGGUGUCAUCAGCGCCGCAAGACAGCGCUGUCACUGACGCCUUACCCCCUCCAGAAGACACCCACCCUCGUCUGGCCAGAGAACCAGAGAGCCUACCAGUCACUAUUGGUAGAGAAUCACUGGACAGUCCGGUCACCAUCGGCGCCAUCAAUGUAGAUAAUGAAGCCACCACGCAGUACCCAACCUCAUUUGACAACCAAAGACAAAGAGAAGAGUAUCCAACCGAGACGACAGCCGCCACAGAUAACACAGAAGUGGAAACCACAGAGCUCAUUCCGGUGAAGCCUAAAGCCAAAUUUCCCUCGCCUCGGUACAUCUCUAAAUUGAGCUAUUUUAAAAAAUCUGAGGAGAUCGAGGGGUCUCCAUUGAACAAUUUCCUGGAGAGGACAGGCAAAAGGAGGUUCAGGUCCAGAUGCAGGUGUGAAAAGAUCUGGAACUGUCCCAAGCUGCAAAUCACGGUGCCCCGGUGUCCGGACGAAUAUUUCUUAUGUUGUUUCUAGUUGUUAAGAUAUGACGUUAGGAUUUUCAAUUGAUGUCGCCAUUUGGACUCAUAAGUCAGUUAUUGUAUUUUUUCUCGGUUGAAUGAGUCUUGGAGUUAAACUAAUAAGCUGUUGAAGUCAAAUAGCAUUAUUUUUUAAUUAAACGAUUAUCAUCUUAUUCGUUCAAAACUAUAACAGAAAGAUUACCAAUAUCUAAAGUUUUCUAUACAUUAAGGAUGAAUACAAUGAAUGGACUUAUUAAAAUGAAAUGCUGAAAAUAAGCAGUCCUCAUUAUUGUGAGGUCAACUUGUAGUUCACAAAUCCUUAUCUAGAAUAUUUAGAUUAGAGAUUUGUUAAUUAAUUUUGGGCAUAUUUUUUAUUUAUGUAAUUAUUUAAUAAGUACACAUAAUUGAGAUCGCCUAUGAAUAACGUCGUAACUGCGCUUACAAUAUUGUUCUUCGAGAGGCUCUUUACCUUCAAACAUGUUAAAGGUUUACUAAGAUAUUCAAAUAGGUUUGUUUU